AUGCUUGUGUCUGGCAGUAGCUUUGGAGAUCCAAACGCUCACCCACCGCCCACGCCAAAGCAGACUCCAACAUCGGGUGCGUUUCCGAGCCCUAUUUUCGAGACGCCCAAGCCCCCCCAGGGAUCCUUCGCCGACACCAGCGGCCUGACGCCUCGCUUUGCCGAGGAAUACUCAGUCUUCAACGCAACGCCGGGCAAUCUGAGAGGGGCUCAGUUUCCCUUCGCUGACUUUGUGCCCACCACCCCCUUCGCAUCGUCGUAUCUAGGGCACAAGCGCCUGCUCUCCGUCGAAGAGCUAGCUGUCGAGAUUGCAACCCGAGCCAACAUCCCGCCGUCGAACCCAAACCUUCCACCGCCGCCCGUCGACCCUUCACGACGUCUGCCCUCCUCCCCGGCCGCCUUGAUAUUAUCUACAAAGGCAGCCGCCGCUGCCAAUUCCGACGCACACCUCGGCCCUGCCUUUUCCUCCUCCCACACCAAGUCUCCCAAGAAGCUCCGCCGGGGUACAAUUGAGGGUUCCGACGCAGCACAGCCGUUGUCGCCGCCGCCGUCGGCUCACAAGGGGGGCCAGAAGCUCGCUCCCAAGGUCAACAUGCAAGAUGACCGGGCCUACGGUCACCCGGACUUUAGCGACGGCUUUCAGGGCCACCACGACAUGGCCGCCAUAAUGGGCGGCGCCGAUGACAUGUUUGUCUAUCCCAUGUCUGCUCCCCCGAGCCAGGCCAAUUUCUGGGACCCGGCCAUGGGCAUGGACCUGGACUUUAGCACGGCCGGCGCCGCCUUCUUCCAGCCCUCGCAUCGCCAUACCGGAUCCUUUGACUGGAACAGCGACAUUCAGCUCUUUCAAGAUCCCGUCCCGCCCCCUCCUCCACCCUCGUCGAACCAAGAGAAUGUCCAGCCAAACGCCCAAGGCAUGCACCAGCCUGCUCGAAGGGAGAGGAUGCUGGCGCCCAAGCCACCGGGGACUGGUCAGUCUGCUGGCCCCGUAGCAGCAACUGCCAUGUUUCAAGCAUCGAUGGAAGACUCGUUCGGCGUAGGCACUCCCAUGGAAGGCGUGGACCCAGGACUGCUAUACAGCCGGCCCCCAACGGCCUCGAUCAAUGCAGACUUCAAUCCGGCCAUGAAUGCGGCAUCUGCGGAUAUGGCUGCCGCUGCAGAGGCCAACAACUCUCGCAUCAUGCCUCAAUCCCGCCGGACCAACAGCCUGAAGGAGGUGAAGAGGGGCAAGAUGCCAGACCGCACAAACUCUCCCGUCAAGGCCAUGGGCCGCCCAGAACUGAAUCGUAGCCUGAGUGAGGGUCGAACAAAGAAGGCGGGGGGCCGAGGGGCUUUGCCGACGUUGGCACCCGCUGCGCGGCCAUCGUCACAGGCUGGAAGUUCAAAUGCCGGCUCCGAAGCGGGAAAGUCGUCGAGAUCGUCGGCGUCUGGGAGAAUGUCGCCACUAAAGAGCCAACGGCGACUGUCAAGCCUGGCAUCCAUCCCCGAGUCUGCCUCUCAGCCACACCUGAGUCGACCUCGAACGUCGGUGAGGUUCACCAUAGACGCACAUGGACGGGCUCGAGCAGAAACUACGGUCACGGUCGAAGAAGCCGGCGGAAUGACUCGCAGCCGAAGCUCCCGGGAGCUGUCUUCCACACGAAGAAGCUGGGAGUCUUCUGACGACGAGUCUUCCACAGACGAGGAGCCAAUCAUUAUACCCAGCCGAGCCAGUUCAUUCAAUGCAUCCUUUGCAUUACCGGACCCACGCAAGCCAGUAGGCUCGAUAUUCCAUUCGGGCCGCCGGAGUGUCAGUGAUAGGAGCAGGAGUGCAUCCACCCCUUCUCUCGUGACGCAGAAUGACGGGGAAAGCGAGGCCGAGACGGUUCUGACAGAUCAUCAAGAAAGAGGAGGAGAUGCAGCAAGCGAGCUGCGUAAAGUGGUAGAGGACCGUCAGAAGCGGUCUAUGCAGAUUGAGAACUCUCGGCCACAGCAACGCAUUCUCACCUCGAGCGGCUCGGGGAAUUACAAAGCAAGCUCCAUAUCUCCGGUCAGCAUGAUAGACUCGAGCUACAGAACGGAUAGACGCGGAGUUCGAUGUGUAUGCGGUAGAAAUGAGCCCGAUGAAGGAAACGGCUACAUGGUUCAAUGGUAUGUUGGCAUCUCCAGUCUCUUGCCUCUGCUGGUGUUUGAGUGUGCCGGCUAG